UCACUGCAUGCGCAUCUUUCAAUUUCUUUGAAAGUGUUGUUUGGUGGUACUUGGUCAAGUACCUGAUCAGAUCGUUCGGUUGUUCUGGUGUCGGAAAGGUCUCCUUCCAGCUUCAGCAGUCACAUUCAACAUCUCAACACCAUGGCGCCGGGCGCACGCUCAGAGGAAGCAUGGCUGUGGCACACAACGGUCUGCGAGGCGAUACAGGAAGUACCCUAUGGCAAGGUGACGAGCUAUGCGCAUAUAGCAAGGCUGGUUGGGAAACCUCAGUGUCCGAGACAAGUUGGCGUUUGUCUCAAGCAUCUACCUUCACCUUCAACAGAGUUAAGUAAGAAGAGCCCAGCCUUCCACAGCGGUAACGUACCCUGGCAGCGCGUGAUCAACUCUAAAGGCGGCAUCAGUCCAAGAGGACCAGGCGCAGCAAGCCAGCAGGCUGAUGCUCUAAGGAGAGAGGGGGUGGAGGUUAGCCAGGACAGCAUGGGCCAGUACACGGUCGACUUCAAGGACUAUGGUUGGUUUCCAGACGUGCUUCCAAGCGAAGCAGCCUCGGUGGAGGACAGCGAGGACAGCGAUGAAGACGAAGAGGCAGCAGCCUAUCAUACCUGAAAGCGUUAGUGCAUAAUCCAGGAACAGCGACUGUCUACGAUGAGGCUGUUCUAGCACGCUACUGCUCCACGAGUUCUGAUUGAUAGGAUCGAAGAUGUGCUUUGUGUCAGCGGUCUCGCCCACGGACCAAGGGCGGCAUUCCCAUACUCGCCGGAGGAGGGUUCACGGGUGGAGAGAUGGCCGUCCUAGCCGCAAAGGGCGCAGGCUGAUGACCGGCCAGCUCCGGGUUGUUAUCAGGC